ACCGACCUGGAUCAAUUUCUUCAAUGGUAAUUCACUAAUUACCAUAAAACCAUUAAUUCUUCACUGAACAGGUACAAAGGAAGAGGGAGUCUUAAACGCAACCUGCCGAAGAAACGGCCUCCAGUUCGACUCUUAAAACCGUACAGACCGGAUCGCUUUCACUUAAGGUUUUUUGUUUUCGAAAAUUUUUAGUGUGAUGUGCAAAGGACUGCCGACGAUAUAGUUUGAAAAGUGACCAGUGCAACGAAGGGGGGAGGUCAAAAAUAAAAAAAUUAAUACCGAGGAUGAGGUAGUACCGAAACCGCAGCCACACACACUGAACUAGUCACAAGCUAAUCCAAAAAAGAAAAAAUGGCAAUCGUCUUACCGACGGUGAUUGCGACGGCAAUAAAGGCGGCGAUCGCCCUGAUAGGCGCCGGCAAAAUAACGGUACUGCCCUUUUUGGUGGCGUCGAUUGCGUACUUUCACUACGAUCAAUUCGACCCCGAGAACCGGCCUUUGGACCGACAGCCGGAGGCGAAGUACGACUUUAUCGUGGUCGGGGCUGGGUCUGCGGGAGCAGUGGUGGCGAAUCGAUUGAGCGAGAUUGAGAACUGGAAGGUUUUGUUGCUGGAAGCUGGCGGGCACGAGACGGAAAUCACGGACGUACCUAUUUUGAGUUUGUACCUUCACAAGAGCAAGCUCGACUGGGGUUACAAGACGGAACCACAGGAAACUGCAUGCCAGGCCAUGAUCGAAAACCGAUGCAGUUGGACCAGAGGAAAAGUACUUGGAGGCUCCAGCGUCUUAAACACCAUGUUGUACGUCAGAGGGAACAAAAGAGACUUCGACAGAUGGGCCGAUUUCGGAAACUACGGUUGGAGUUUCGCAGACGUUUUGCCUUACUUCAAGAAAAGCGAGGAUCAACGAAAUCCUUACUUAGCCAAGGAUCGUGUUAAUCACGCAACCGGUGGUUACUUGACGGUACAAGACAACCCGUACAACACACCCAUUGGAGUGGCUUUCCUGGAGGCUGCCCAAGAAAUGGGCUACGAAAUACGAGACAUAAACGGCUACCAACAAACUGGUUUUGCCCUGUACCAAUUUACAAUGCGAAGAGGCACCAGAUGUAGUACCUCCAAAGCCUUCCUACGACCGGUACGACUCAGGAACAAUCUUCACAUAUCCCUUUUCUCCCACGUAACCAAAGUAUUGAUUGAUCCAACCACAAGGCGAGCCUUCGGAGUCGAGUACAUCAAAAAUGGACAAAAACAAGUGGUACUGGCAAGGAAGGAGGUGAUUCUUUCAGGUGGUGCCAUUAAUACCCCACAUCUGUUGAUGUUGAGUGGAAUUGGGCCUGCCGAACAUCUUCAAGAGAAAGGAAUUAAUGUGAUCCACGAUUCGCCUGGUGUCGGAGAGAACUUACAAGAUCACAUCGCUGUGGGAGGUGUCACUUUCUUAAUUGAUCACCCAAUUAGUCUUGUCAUCAAUCGUUUGGUCAAUUUGAACACCGCAUUGAGAUACGCCAUCAAAGAAGACGGUCCACUGACGUCCAGCAUCGGUUUAGAAGCAGUCGGGUUCAUCAACACCAAAUAUGCGAAUCAAUCUGACGAUUGGCCCGACAUGGAGUUCAUGUUGACGAGUACUUCAACCGCUGCAGACGGUGGUACUCAAGUUAAGCAUGCCCAUGGAUUAACGGACGAAUUUUACAACGAAGUCUUCUCCAGCAUCAACUACAAGGACACCUUCGGUAUAUUCCCGAUGAUGCUGAGGCCCAAGAGUCGAGGUCAAAUUAAACUGAAGACCAACAAUCCUUUGGACUAUCCACUAUUAUACCACAACUACCUAACCCAUCCUCAUGAUGUGAAUGUGCUGAGGGAAGGCGUUAAAGCUGCCGUGGCUUAUGGACAAACCGAAGCGUUGAAACGUUUCGGCGCCCGCCUUCACAGCGUACCGGUACCAAAGUGCAAACACCUCCCUCCUUACACCGAUGAGUACUGGAACUGCUUCAUCCGUCAGUACACCUUGUCUAUCUACCACUACUCGUGCACAGCCAAAAUGGGGACGCAACAAGACCCUUACGCCGUAGUAGAUCCUGAACUGAGGGUCUACGGGGUGUCAGGCUUGAGAGUCAUAGACGCCUCCAUAAUGCCGACCAUAACGAACGGCAACAUCAACGCACCGGUCAUCAUGAUCGGCGAGAAGGGGGCGGAUUUGAUCAAGGGCUACUGGCUGAGGCCGCAGGUUGGCAAAAGAAGGAGACGAAGGGAGAUAUUUUACAACGCGAAAAUCGUAGACACGGGUAACUCUAGUGUUGUUGUUUGAGGCGUUUUACGAAUGCUUUUAUUUAUUUGUGUCGUUUGUAUAUAUAGUAUUGAUGCCAUUAAGUCUUAGUUGCGCGUGUGGAAAAUAGUCACUAGUCUACGAUUUGCUCAGUUUAAGUGGUUAGUUGAGUAAGGCUCUUUAUUUUUUUUUGUACCAUUUGUUUUUGUAAAUAUUGUUUUUAUAUUUUUAUAAAUAAAACUGUUUAUAUUUAA